AUGAAUGUUAAAUUGUCAUUGUCAGCUGUUCUUAUUGCAAUAUGGUCGGCUGGCCGUUCUGCCGCUGCUGCUGCCGCCGUCGUCGGUCACCGGCCGCCGUUGACGGUGGAACGUGGUCAGCUGGUCUUUGGAAGGGACUUGCUCUUACUUGAAAAUCAGAUCCCUUUGUUUGUGCUUGAAGAACUGUAUAAGUUAUACUGUAACUUCCCUCGUGAAGACAAAUUUGAUUCUUGUGCUGCCUCUGCCUCAGCUUUUCCCUUUCUUUAUCAUGCUUGCCUCUACUUUGAUCUUCCAUGGGAUAAAAGGUUCGAGGAUAAAGAAUUCCUACACUUCACCGAUUUGUUAAGAUGCCAUCUGGUCAAAAAUUCCGCCUCAAAUUCAGAUCCAUCCAUGGCCCCAAAACGAAAAACUGAAACAGUGUAUAGUGCGACAAUGUUGCAUGACGCUGGUGUUGAGCUUAAAGCUGUAGAUGAUCAAAGUGCAGGCUGGCUAGAUAUAGAAUUUGAAGGGAAAAAGAGCUUAAAAUCUCCAAAUUGAAGUGCACUCCAACACUGGACUUACAUUCGUAACGUGAUGGCCUUGGAGAUGUGCCACUAUCCAGAUGAAACCUAUGUUUGUGCUUACAUAGAACUAAUGAAUUAUCUCAUUAGAACUGACAAAGAUGUAGAUUUGUUAAUGGAAACGGCGGUUUUAGGCAAAGAUGGUAAAAACGAGGGAAUUAUCGUUAGCAGAAUAAAUCCCAGUGAAGCAUUGGCAGGUAUGAUUAAGAAACUUAUGCAGGGAGUUGGCGAGCCCGCUGCUUGCUACCGGCAAACAGGGAAUGGACUAAACAAGUAUUACAAAAAUGCUCGGAAGCACAUAAUAGCAACAUUCUGCAAGGAGAAUCUAGCAAUUCUGAAGCGUGUGUUUUUCACCAAUCUUUGGCGAGGAACUGGAACUGUCGCUGCUUUUAUGGUGGUCGCGCUUACUCUCAUUCGAACCUUGUUGGCAUUUCUUAAAUGA